AUGAAAGUUCUUGUUCUUGGUGCCUCCGGCUUCAUUGGCCUCCCUGCAGCACAAGCUCUUGUCCGUGCAGGCCAUAUCGUGUAUGGUCUAACGCGCUCCAAAGAGAAAGCUCAGCAACUUGCCGAGGAAGAAAUUAUUCCCGUCGUGGGUCAAACGUCAGAUCCGUCCACCUGGCUGCCUCUUGUCGCCUCACUUGACAUUAUCAUCGACGCUGUUGGAGGAACGGCCGACAUUAGAGAACUCUCUAAAUCCCUGCUCAAUACUAUCGCGUCCGCCGCGCAAGCCUCCCGCCCUGCCCACGCGCCAAAGCUGACAUAUAUCUACACGUCUGGGACGUGGGUGCACGGUGACGACCGCACAACGGUCAAAACCGACACGUCACCGAUCACUGCGCCUGCACAGCUUGUAGCGUGGCGUCCCGAGCAGGAGCAGCGCGUCGUCAUGAACACGGUGCUCAACGGAAUUGUAAUCCGACCAGCCCUACUCUACGGACGGAGCGGCUCGCUGCUGGCGCCACUCUUCAAGAACGCCGCAGAGGGCAGUGUCAGGUGGUUUGGGACACCUGAGGACCGCUAUGCGCUGAUCCAUACAGACGACUUGGCGGAGCUGUUCCGUCUCGCGGCAGAGAAGGCGCAGCUUGUUGGCGGGAAAAUUUUCGACGCGGCAAACGACAUAACGGAGAGCGCAGACGAUCUGCUGAAGAAAUUUGUCCAGGUCAGUGGAGCGCAAGGGCCGCACGAGUUUGUACAGCCGAGUAACUUGUACGAGACCGCGCUGACUACAACCUCACUCUUGCGUCCGUACUUGGCGCGGAACCUGUUGGGCUGGCAACCGCGCAAGGCAGGUCUAGUUGAUAACCUGGAAGUGUACUACAAUGCGUGGAAAGCCAGCACGAACUAGCAGGGCGCUGAUACACUACAGGUUCGAUACCUACUCUUGAAGCGACCAAAGUCAAUGCUAUGCGUGCCAAGUUUGAUCGUGAUAUACUGCUGAAAGUCUGAGAGCGAAUACAAGGCGA